CUGGACGGGGAGGGAGUAGAGACGCGACGGGAUUAAACCUCCCACAAACACACUGACAUGAGACCAUGACAGCACGGGAAAGCGUUUCAUUUAGACCGCCAACACUUUCUGGAGACUUUAAAGCACUGGAAACAUGGACUAAAGCAUCCAUCGCGUUCAUCUGAACAUGAGAGUUAACGGCGGGACAAGCGGAAGGGCUUUUAGGAAGGAUUUUUAUAUCACAGGCGCUCGCAAAGGUAGUCGGGACAGCGGAGAAAACAGACUUUGAAUGUUUUUAAUUGAUUUAUUUACACGUCUACUGGAAAUUAAUGAAAGUUUGUAGCUAGACAUGUCAGUCCCGAGCCAUGUGGAGACGCGUAAGUUCACCCGGGGGCUCCGUAAACCGGGCACGGCGGCGGAGCUGCGGCAGAGCGUGUCGGAGGCGGUCAGGACGUCGGUUUUAGUGGUGAAGCCGCGUGUGGUGGAGCCUCUGGACUAUGAGAGUGUGCUGGUGCAGAGGAAAACUCAGAUCCUCAGCGAUGGACUCAGGGACAUGCUGCAGUUUCCUCUGGAGGAUUUUCAGGUGUGUACACUGCCACGACAGAUUCGGACGUUCUACCCCUCCAUACCUCCACACGCACUGAGAGAGGCACAGAAUCUGUUUGUGCAAGAGUGCAUCAAGUCUUACAUCUCUGAUUGGCAUGUGGUCAACUACAAAUAUGAGGAUUAUUCCGGUGACUUCCGUCAGCUUCACAACAAAGUGUCCAGACCUGAUAAUUUAGCCCAGCAUGUUUUUGAGGUGGAUGAAGAUGUGGAUAAAGAUGAGGACACGGCCUCUCUGGGCUCCCAGAAGGGUGGUCUCAUUAAACAGGGCUGGCUACAUAAGGGCAACAUGAACAGCGCCAUCAGCGUCACCAUGAGGUCAUUCAAAAGAAGGUAUUUCCACCUGACACAGCUGGGCGAUGGGUCGUAUAAUCUCAACUUCUACAAGGAUGAGAAGAUCAACAAAGAGCCCAAAGGAACCAUCUUCCUGGACUCCUGUAUGGGAGUGGUGCAGAACAAUCGUGUGCGGAGGUUUGCGUUCGAGCUGAAGAUGCAAGAUAAGAGUGGCUAUGUUCUGGCCGCUGACUCUGAGAGCGAGAUGGACGACUGGAUCAGCACCCUCAACAAAAUCCUCAGCAGCAGCUUUGAGCUCGCCAUGCAGGACAAGAGGAACGGAGACUUACACGAUGAUGAUGAACAGGCGAAAAGCGAUCACUCCUCUAGCAGUAUGGACAGUUUUCAGAGUGCCAGAGACAUCGAGAACAAGAUGAGAAAUGAGACACGGCUAAAACUCUUUACACUGGACCCAGACUUACAGAAACUGGAUUUCUCCGGGAUCGAGCCAGAUGUGAAGCCCUUUGAGGAAAGGUUUGGAAAGCGAAUCUUGGUGAACUGUAACGACCUGUCCUUCAACCUGCAGAGCUGUGUGGCGGAAAAUGAAGAAGGGCCGACCACUAACGUCGAGCCCUUCUUCGUCUCUCUGUCGUUGUUUGAUAUUCAAAGUGGACGCAAGAUCUCCUCAGACUUCAAUGUGGAUAUGAACCAUCCGUCUGUGAAAGCGCUGCUGCCCCCGUCAGGAGCUCACAACAGGACCGCAGCGCCAGACAGUCCACAAGCAGCUCAACCGACAGCCAACAGCCUGACAGAGAGCGCCAUUCAGUUUCCACGACAGGGAGUGUUUUCGGUGACCUGUCCGCACCCUGACAUCUUCUUGGUCGCUCGGAUAGAGAAGGUCUUACAGGGUGGAAUAGCACAUUGUGCCGAGCCUUAUAUGAAGAACUCAGACUCUGCUAAGGCUGCUCAGAAGGUUUUAAAGAACGCUAAGAUGGCCUGCAGCCGGCUGGGUCAGUACCGAAUGCCGUUUGCAUGGGCCGCUAGGCCGCUGUUUAAGGACGCCUCUGGGACGGUGGACAAGAGCGCUCGAUUCUCGGCUCUCUACCGACAGGAUGGCAACAAGCUCUCCAACGAGGACAUGUUCAGACUGCUGGCAGACUUCAGGAAGCCAGAAAAGAUGGCCAAGUUGCCUGUGAUUCUGGGUAAUUUGGAUGUUACGGUCGAUAACGUCGCACCAGAUCUCACUAAUUGUGUCACGCCCUCCUAUCUUCCUCUUCGUCAGAAGGAAGACGCAGCAGACUGGAGCAGGAUGGUGUUUGAGGUGGAGGAGUUUGUGCCGUCUAUCGCUAAAUGCUCCCAGCCUUUCACAAUUUACAACAAUCACCUGUAUGUGUAUCCACGCCAUCUCAAAUACGACAGCCAGAAGAGCUUCACCAAGGCCAGAAAUAUCGCUCUGUGUCUUGAAUUCAGAGAUUCAGAUGAAGAGGACGCUCUCCCACUGAAGUGUAUUUACGGGCGUCCAGGAGGGCCAAUGUUCUGUAAGAAAGCAUUUGCUCCUGUCUUACACCACCAGCAGAACCCAGAGUUUUAUGAAGAGUUUAAGAUAGAGUUGCCGGCUCAGCUGACGGACAGACAUCAUCUUCUGUUCACUCUCUAUCACAUCAGCUGUGACAGCAACAGCAAAGCCAGCACUAAGAGACGAGAACAGGUGGAGAUACAAGUGGGUUAUGCGUGGCUCCCCUUGCUGAAGGAUGGCAGAGUCAUCAUGAAUGAACAGCAGGUGGCAGUGGCUGCAAACCUGCCAUCAGGUUACCUGAGUUACCAGGACAACAGCAGCAAGCAGCACACUGGUCAAGAGGUGAAGUGGGUGGAUGGUGGGAGGCCGCUGCUCAAAGUCUCCACACAGCUGGUGUCCACUGUAUACACACAGGAUCAACAUCUGCAUAACUUCUUUCAUCACUGCCAGAGUAUUGAAUCCACAGGCCAGUCAGGAGGAGAACUGAUCAAAUACCUGAAGAGUCUGCAUGCCAUGGAGGCUCAUGUGAUGGUGAAGUUCCUCCCCACCAUACUGAACCAGCUGUUUCGUGUGCUCACCAUCUCCGGUCAGGAUGAUGUUGCUGUGAACGUCACCAGGGUGAUGAUUCAUGUCGUGGCUCAGUGUCAUGAGGAGGGUCUGGAGCAUCACUUGCGUUCUUAUGUAAAGUACGUUUUGAAGGCUGAGACUAACUUAACCAAUGGUAAAACUGUCCAUGAGGACCUGGCAAAAGCCAUGACCACCAUCCUGAAACCCUCGACGGACUUCCUCACCAGCAACAAACUGCUGAAGUACUCCUGGUAUUUCUUUGAGGUUUUAGUCAAGUCUAUGGCUCAGUACCUGACUGAGACGGGCAAGGCCAAGGUGUCUAGGAACCAGCGUUUCUCAGCUUCAUUCUAUCACUCCGUGGAGACCUUAGUGACAAUGCUGAUGCCUCAUAUAACACAGAAAUACAAAGACAACCUGGACGCGACACGAAACGCCAAUCACAGCCUUGCUGUCUUCAUCAAGCGCUGUUUUACCUUCAUGGACAGAGGGUUUGUCUUCAAGCAGAUCAACAACUACAUCAACUGCUUCAUGCCCGGAGACGCAAAAACGCUGUAUGAGUUUAAGUUUGAGUUUCUGAAGGUGGUCUGUAAUCAUGAGCACUACGUUCCUCUCAAUCUGCCCAUGCCGUUUGGGAAGGGCCGAAUCCAGCGCUUUCAAGAUCUUCAGCUGGACUACUCUUUAACGGAUGAUUUCUGUAAGAAUCACUUCCUGGUGGGGCUGUUGCUAAGGGAGGUGGGCGGAGCUGUGCAGGAGUUCAGAGACGUCCGUCAGAUCGCUGUACAGGUGCUGAAGAACCUGAUGAUCAAACACAUCUUUGACGAUCGUUACUCCUCCAAGGGUCAGCAGGCUCGCUUGGCUACGCUUUACCUGCCUCUUUUCAGUCUGCUGCUGGAAAAUGUCCACAGGUUCAACAUCAAAGAUGUGCCGCCUGUCACCAACCAGACUAACAUUAAUGGCCGUGAUGAUCAUGUCAUGAUGACACCUACAAAAAAUAUGGCCAGUCCAGUGGACAGCAGUCUGCAUAAAGAGGUGUUUGGAGUGAUUUCAGGAACAGUCUCUCCUCACACUCCGACCGUGAGCUCUGUACGGCACACUGACUCACGCAGCUCUCUUAUCGGCACGGAUUCUGCAAACGGCCUAUCAGAGCGCAGCAUUGACAAGCCACACCCCCUAGACAAGCGGGAACGUUUCACUCGCCGUCACUCUGCCAGCGUGCUGUGUUUCUUUACUGUCUCAGAGGAGUCACCGCUCUCUGCACGUCUCAAAUGCCAGACCAUGGACUUCUCUCUGCUGUCUGCACCGUCUGAGCAACACACACACCCUACACAAUGUCAUGUCGCUGGGGUUCUGGACAGCUCUUUGCUCCGCUGUGAUAAACUGGACCAAUCUGAAGUGAAGAACAUAUUAAUGUGCUUUCUGCACGUGUUAAAGAGCAUGUCUGAAGAUGCUCUGUUCAACUACUGGAAUAAAGCUUCAGCCACAGACCUGAUGAACUUCUUCAGUCUGCUAGAAGUGUGUCUUCAUCAGUUCAGAUACAUGGGAAAGAGACACAUUGCAAGGACUCUGGAGGGGUCAGGGUCGGUGGUUCACGAGCGCCGCUCUCAGACUCUUCCUGUGUCCCGCAGCAGGACAGGAGCCCUACAUAUGAGACUGCAGCAGCUCAACAGCCUGGACAACUCCUACACCUACAACCACAAUUACAGUCAUUCAGAUGCUGAUGUGUUGAAUCAGUCUCUGUUGGAAGGAAAUAUUGCCACAGAAGUUUGUCUAACAGUUCUGGACACACUGAGCAUCUUCAUCAUGGGCUUUAAGACUCAGCUGAGUUUGGAUCACGGCCACAAUCCCCUCAUGAAGAAAGUCUUUCAGGUUCAUCUCUGCUUCCUACAAAUCAACCAAUCAGAGACGGCCCUCAAACAGGUCUUCACUUCUCUUCGCACUUUCAUCUACAAGUUUCCAUGUACGUUUUUCGAGGGUCGUGCGGAUAUGUGUGCGUCUUUCUGCUACGAGAUUCUGAAGUGCUGUAACUCCAAACUGAGCUCCAUCCGCAGCGACGCGGCUCAUCUGCUCUACUUCCUGAUGAAGAGCAACUUCGACUACACUGGACGCAAAUCCUUCGUCCGCACACACCUGCAGGUGGUGAUUGGCGUCAGUCAGCUGAUCGCUGAUGUCAUCGGAAUAGGAGGGACGAGGUUCCAGGAGUCGCUGUCAAUCAUCAACAACUGUGCCAACAGUGACAAAACUAUCAAAGUUAGUUCAUUUUAAAUACACUCACGCAAGCGCUAGAUCCUGAAACAAAGAUCAGAUGUGUCUGAUUACAGUGGAAGUGAUUUUUG